CACAAGAAACAUUAAGUCUGGUCGGCACGGAAACACCGGCACCGAAACAGCAAGGAAUGGAACUUGAACUGGACGUGGUGGACUCGCUUCAGGCCUUGGCCUACAAGGGACCUUGCCUGCAGCAGGAUAACCUCAGCAGGGCGCUGGAUGGAGGCAUCGGAAGUCCGGCACUGCGGUUGGUGCUCCACUGGCUGGCCCAGGAGCUGCAUGUACUCCGGAAAACGGACGAGCGCGUCAGUUCUGGCAGCGGAGACCACGACGAGUUCGCCUUUGAACUUUCCCUGCUGCUCACUGAGCUGGGUUGCCCGUAUCGGAAGCUCGUUGCUGGUCCCAUUGAGGAGCGAUUCCAAACUCGGGAGUCUUUGUUACAGCUGCUUGAAUACCUCACUUCCGAGCUGAUGGCCACCAAGAUGGUGUUGAAGGCCCAGCCCGUAGGACCACCUUGCAAACGUUCGAAAACUGAGUCAAACGCCCAGCAGGCUAUCGAGCAACUAGCGAAGGAUCUGCAGCUGGGUGAGCUGCCAAAAAACAUCAACACCAAACUGCUGUUCGAGAAGUUAAUACCCAGCUUGGAUAAGUCUCUGAAACAAACUAAUCGCCAGGUGGUGAGCGAACCUCUACUGCAUCUUAACAAGCCCCUCAACGACUCCCAGUGGCGUGCGCUGGAGUCACUGCACAGGGAUCUAGAGGCGGAGUACAAUCUCCGUCGCCAAAUGAUGAGCACUCGUCUGGAGGCCACUGUUCAGAGCUUCCAGUGGUCGGAGUCCAUGCGCCAUCGUGAAAACGAGAUAAUGGAUCGUUUUCAGCGAAAGAUGAGGGAACUGGAGCAGUUCAAAGUAGGCGGAGAACAGACUAAUUUGGUGGCUUUGCUGGCUGCACGAACGGAUUUGGCCAUAAUCGAGAAGACCAGCUCAGCAAAUGUGAGGAAAAACACCGCGUCUAAGAUACAGAAGCAUGUGAUUGGCAGCGUUCCAGACCGAGGAGGUCGUGCUAAUGAGCAUGCUCCUCCGCCACCGGAAAUGCCUUCUUGGCAACAGCAGCGAGCUAGCGGUCCUCCUGGCGGUGGACGGGGUGGAGGAGGUAACUUCCGUGGUGGUCGAGGAGGAGGAGGUGGCGGAAGGGAAGGAGGAGGAGGAGGCGGAGGUGGAGGCGGCGGAGGUGGUGGAAAUUGGCAGCAACCACAGCAACAACCUCAACAUCAACGUGAUCGUGAUCGAAGUCGUGAUAGAAAUCAAGAUCAACAGUGGAUAAGCGGCAGUGGACGCGUCCAGGGCACCGGCUGGAAUCCAAACGGAGGACGCGGCGGUGGUGGAGGCGGUGGCCGUGGAGGAGGAGGUGGUCGCGGUGGUGGAGGCGGCGGUCAUCGCGGCGGCGGCUAUCGAUGAUCUCGAUACCUGAUAUUAAGCAGUUACCAAUGGAAAGGGCCACUAAAACGACUGAUCCUUUUAUUUUUAACUAUUACCGACAUAUAACCCAGUUUAAUUUAUUGCCAAAUUAUACGAAUAUGUUUAUAAUUGCGAAUGGUUGCCCGUUUAAAAAAUAAACUAUCUAUGUCAUCGCUUUGCUAGCAAA